AUGGCUGAAGAGAUAGAACAAAGAUUGACAUCAGAGAGAGAUAUAAACAUGGAUAAAGAUGAGUCUGAGUCAUCAGAUUACGCUGAGAUGUGGAUUGAAUUAUUUUUAGGAAGAAAAGGUCAUGAAUAUUUUUGUGAAGUUGAUUCAGAUUAUAUAACGGAUCGUUUCAAUUUAAUUAAUUUACAAAGGAGUGUAUCAAAAUUUACUCAAGUGGUACAAUAUAUUGUAGAUGAACUUGAUGAAUCAACAUUGGAAAAUAUGCCUCGCCAACGUUUAGAACAACUUGAAAAAGAUGCACGUAAAUUUUAUGGUUUGAUUCAUGCUCGUUAUAUUAUUACAGUAAAAGGUCUACAAAAAAUGUUAAUUAAAUAUAAAGAUGCAGAUUUUGGUAGAUGUCUCAGAGUGUAUUGUAAUUUCCAACCUCUAUUACCUGUUGGUCUUCAUGAUGUCCCCGGAGAAGAUUGUGUAAAAUUAUAUUGCCCAUCCUGUGAAGAUUUAUAUAAUCCAAAAUCUUCAAGACAUGCUUCAAUUGAUGGUGCUUAUUUUGGUACAAGUUUCCCUGGUAUGUUUUUACAAGCUUAUCCUGAAAUGACUCCAAAACAUCCAGUUAAAAGGUAUGUACCAAAGAUAUUUGGAUUUGAAUUGCAUAAGCAAGCACAAUUAUCACGUUGGCAAGAAUUGCAACGUCUGAAACUUGUUAAGAAGUUAGAAGAUAAGAAAGUGGAUUUGAAUAAGAGCGGUGGUUAUAAAUUAUUGGAAGGUUAA